AUGGACGUGCUGCACGAGAAGGCCCUCAGUGACGAUGGAAAGAUGGCGGCGAGAAGAGCAAGGAGGAGGCCGCCGGUGACGACGGAGAGGAAGCCCGAGAGGGGGGGCUUGCUCGUCGGCCGGUGGAAGCCCAAGAGGAUAUGGGAUGUCAUUUCGCAGCCUCUUGGACAUUGUUCAAACCCUGAAGACAAAAUCACGCGUCUCAAGGAGGCAAUAGAGGAUCUGGAAGACAUCAAGAAUCAUGUCAGGAAUAACGAGCUAGGCGGCGAAAUGUUCCACCGUCAGGUCGCGCGGUGGGUUGACAGAGUAACAGCCAUCAUAGAAGCAGCGAGUAGAGUAGUACAAGACUACGAACAGAGGAGACGUGCUUUUGGCUGCCCCAUCAAUUUUUACUGCAUUAACCUGAGGUCUUCCCGCAAGCUGGAAAGGGUGGUGGAGCUAAGAGCACGUAUGGACGAUCUUGGGGUCCCUACUACGAGACCGCUGCCGCGUCCGGUACAGGAGAUGCCGCUGCCGUCGCCACUCCUGGAAGUGAAGUCAAAUCUGGAGAAGGUUCUCGGAUAUCUCAAUGGUGAUGACGUGGACAUCAUUGGGAUAUGGGGUAUGGGUGGGGUGGGCAAGACCUGCCUCUUGAAGCGCAUCAACAACAAUUUCCUCCCCCUCCAAGAAAAUAUCAGCAACAGUUCAUUGCUCGGCGGCCAAAGAAGCGCUAUGUUCGAUUUUGUGAUCUGGGCAACAGUCCCCAAAGAGUCUCCGGUGAACAAACUUCAAGAGAUAAUAGCCAGCAGACUGGGGAUGCGUCCGCUGAACAAUGAACGCGAGGAAGCCACUGGCCGCAGACAAGCAAUUUUCAACCGCCUGAACUGCAUCAACUUCUUGUUGCUGUUGGACGACCUAUGGGAUGCGGUGGAUUGGGAGGCUGUUGGGGUUCCCCUUCGUUCCAACGGACCCACCGGCAAGCAUAAGGUGGUGUUUACCACACGAAAUAAUCUGGUGUGUGGCUCCAUGCAAGCCCAGAGCAUCGAGAUAAAGUCCUUGAAGCCGGAGGAGGCGCAGGAGUUAUUCGAGGCGACGGUCGGCCAAGCCACGCUCAACUCUCAUCCAAGCAUACGGACGCUCGCAAGUAAGGUGGUCCAGGAGUGCCUUGGAUUGCCUUUGCUUCUCAGAAUCAUCGGGAUGUCCAUGUCAACGAAGGAGACGCCCAAAGAGUGGCAAAAAAACCAUCACACGACUGCAGAGAUCAAAGCUUACUGA